AACCCUACCCGUCUUCUUCCUCACCGCUGCCUCGGCGAAGCGUCGAAGCCUCCAUACGCACGCACCCACGCACCAAGCAUAAGUACUCGGACGUGGGUAGCUCAGCUUUACUGUUUCCGCCUCUCUCGCCAGUCCCAACAAUGGCGCUGCUACCGUCCUCUUUCGCCCUACCCGUCUCCGAUCUUCCUUCGCCUCGCAUUUCCUCCAAGCCUCUGCUCCUUCUCAAGAACCAGUCCCCAGUCUUUCCUCGCAACAAUGGACUUGAGUGUCGCAGAAAAGUAGUUAGGAGAGCAACUACAUCAGAGGACACAUCAAGUCGAUAUCCUGCUGAAGAUCGCGAUGGUGUGACAAUCGUUGAAGAGGUUCCACUUGAAACAAAUACCUACACUGAAAAUUUCCCAUCAGAAUUGCCCAAAGAAGAGUCACCCACGGAUGUACAAGAACAGUCUUUUGACUUAUUGGAGAAGAUCAAUUUAAAGGUUGACCCAGACGAUACACUCCCUAUUCUCUUAUAUGCUGGCGGUGCAGUGUUUGCCUUGUGGUUAGUGUCCGCUGUUGUUGGGGCCAUUGAUUCAAUUCCCUUGUUCCCUAAGCUGAUGGAAGUUGUGGGUCUUGGCUACACCUUCUGGUUUACUUCACGCUAUUUGCUUUUCAAGGAUAGUAGGGAAGAAUUGGCUAGCAAAAUAGAGGAGCUUAAGGAGCAGGUUCUUGGUUCAAACGACGAUUAAUGUAGUGCAAUCAUAGAUCAUCUUAUUGUUCAUGACUUCACUUUAUUUAGGCAGAUGUAAAGUUGGGUUUUAGCCCGGUGUACUUACAGAAUUAUGUAUAUCGGUUUUGUCUGGGUUCGAAGUAAAUAUAUAUGUUCAUGUUAUUGUCAGUUGGGAUUCACGUUGGAGACUAUUCUGUUGCUAUCUGUGAAACAGCUGUGCCCAAAUCAUGAGCUUUACGUUUCUUGAGUCUCAAAGGUUUGGUUGAGGUUUAUGUAACAUCUCGCUUCCUU